GUGUUCUUCUUCUGCAAACCUCAUCUUCUAAGAUCCAUUAAUCCUCGUACAUGAGCAACAAGACAAACAGUCACCACUUCCCUUUUGUUUUUGUCUCUUUUAUAGACAUUGGCCCACUUUCCCUCAUUACCUUGCCUUUUAAGCACUCCUUCCUCCUCUCAUAAACCCCUUUCUUUUCCCCUUGAAGCCUUAACACCCCCCUCCCAUAUCUCUCUUUCUCUUUCUCUCUCUCUAUUUUUUUCUCUGCAACUCCUCUCCAUAGCCAAGGAGCAUGCUUGGAUGUCCAGAGACAGAGAUAGACUUGAUGAGAUAGGUAAGAAGAUCAAGAGAGAAGCAGAUGCAUCUGAUCGAAUGGGAAGAAGACACAUGUUGGGCCCUUCUGGGACCCUUAAUACCAUUACACCUUGUGCUGCUUGUAAGCUCCUAAGAAGAAGGUGUGCUCAAGAAUGCCCUUUCUCUCCUUACUUCUCACCUCAUGAGCCUCAAAAGUUUGCUUCUGUUCAUAAAGUCUUUGGUGCAAGCAAUGUCUCCAAGAUGCUAGUGGAAGUACCAGAGAGCCAGAGAGCCGACGCUGCGAAUAGUCUUGUUUACGAAGCGAAUGUGAGGCUUAGAGAUCCAGUUUAUGGGUGCAUGGGUGCAAUCUCAGCUUUACAACAACAAGUUCAAUCUUUACAAGUUGAGCUUAAUGCAGUAAGAAGUGAGAUAAUGAAGUAUAAGUAUAGGGAAACUAGUGCUAAUCUCCUUUCAUCCUCACAUGCUGCUGCUUUGCUUUCUACCGUGGCUGUGUCAGUUGCUGCACCACCACCACCACCAUCACCGGCGCGUUCUCAUCCUCCGCCGCAACCUCCUGCAACUGCCACUGCUAUUCUUGCUGCUACUGGUGCUGCUCCUACUGCUUCUUCUUCUUCUUCUACCAUGUAUACUCCCCCUUCUACUACCAUCGACUAUAGUUCCAUUACUAGUGAAAAUGUCUCCUAUUUUGGUUAGAAUUUUUAAGGGCUUCUUCAAUUCCAUUUUACAUCUUUCUUAUUUUUCUUAUUAAGAACCAUGUGGAAAUAAGGGGAAAGAAAUUAAUAUUGGAUUGUUUGGGUUUA